AUGGCUGAUCCGCAACACGUGGCCUUAGUCCGCCAGGGCGCCGAGGCCAUCGCCCUGUGGCGCGUCGAGAAUCCCGACACUCCAUUGGAUCUCAGUGGAGCAGACCUCAGCGGUGUCGACCUUCAGCGCGUCCGCCUGGAUCACGCAGACCUCUCCAGCGCUAACCUGGCCGAUGCCCGCCUGACUCAGGCAGGCCUCCCGGCGGUCAACCUCGCUGGCGCCAACCUGGAACGCGCCGACCUAGGCCGGGCAUCUCUUUCCGGCGCCAACCUCUCCGGGGCAGACCUCACCAAUGUGAACCUGUUCUGGGCCGACCUGAAGGGCGCAAACCUCGAAGGGGCGAUCGUCCGGCACUGCCGCAUGAACCGGGCCAACCUCAUCGGCGCCAACCUGAACGGCACCGACUUCAGCCAGUCCAACAUGAUCGAGGCCGACCUGCGCAACGCCGACCUGACCGACGCCGUGUUCGUCUCCACCAACAUGAACGGCGCCGACCUGUCCAGGUGCAGCAUGAGCGGCGCCGACUUCACCCGCGCCAUGAUCCGCGACUCAAUGUGGAUCGCCGCCAACAUGACCGGCGCCAAUUUCGACCAGGCCAGCCUCCACCGAUCCGAUUUCACCCUCGCCAAGUGGGACGACACCACCACCUUCCCCAAGGGCUUUGACCCCAACAACAUCGAGUUCCUCGACGUCGGCGUCUAG